GGGGAGCCGCGGCCGAGGCGCAUGGAGACGGCGGCCGCCGCCGCGGGCUGGGUUCUUUUCUUCCAUCUCCCCCUGAUCUCUGGGAGCUCCAUCCGCAUUGGGAUAGGCAGCAACUCCAGCCUCUAUGAGCAGAGCAUUCUGCCAUGUAAGAAGGAAGAACUGCAGUGUGGCACCGGGCUCUGCCUCUCCAACUGGCUGCGCUGCCACUACAGGAAGGACUGCGGCCGGGACUACAUGUCCAUCCAGCUGACGUGCUCCAAAGUUCACCUGAACCAAAGCAGCCCGACCAGCGAGCUCCCCAGCUACAGUGAGAAUGGCAGUGAUGCCAGUUUACUUGUUUCUCCCCUUCUGGUGGCUGGAGUAGUGAUCGGACUUGUGCUGUUUCUGUCCUGUGUCACCAUCAUUGUUGGCAGCCUGCGGAAGGACGGACGGCUGAGACACCCGCACCAGAGGAGAGACACUGCUUAUGCUCCAGACGGCUUCUCUUAUGGCGGCUCUUUUGGAGAGCUGAGAUCCACCUGCAUGGAGGAGUUUCCCCCAGCUUUUGAUUUUGGAUCCUAUCUGGAUACACUUUCUCAGGUCAACAUCAUGUAUCCUGAUUCACCUCCACGCUAUGAUGAAUGCGUGGGGCCAGGAGCAACGCAAAUAUAUAUUCCCACAGAUGAUCCCCCCCCCUAUUCCCUUACGGAUCCCUGUCAAAGAAAUGAAAUAUCUAUAAACAUCAGCCUGGAGGAGGAGGGAGAAGCGGCAGGGACUGCAGGGCAGGCAGCACACCACGCCACCAGGAUACAGGGCUGGCAGCAGCCCGUCCCGUCCAUCUCUCUGUCGUCGCUCCCCACAGAGGCUGCUCCCCGGUACGAAGCUGUGGUGUGUGAGCACAACAUCCCCAUCCCGCUGGUGCCAGUGGAAGUACUGAAAAACUCUCCCUCUGACUGUCAGACCAUUCUGAGCCAAAUCCUGUGAAUAAAAGGGGCUUUCUCCUUCCAUCUUUCUGAAGAACUCAGACUGAGAAAAAGAACACAUUUAAAUGGAAGAAUAAAACCUCUUAAAGUUUUA